AGCAAGUGACUGGCCCCGUAAAUGCAGAGAGUUAUUUUUUUUUGUGGUUGUAUAUCGUACCGUCAAUGUUGACGGCUUGCUCGAAGAGCAAAAAAAAAACUAUACACACAGCGAGAGAGAUAGUCCAUUUAAGAAGAGAAACGCGCACAGUCCGUAUCGUCAUAUAAUAAUAGUAAAAAUAGAAAGGGUUCAAAACGAAAGAAGAGAGCAGAAAGAAAUAGAAGAAAAAUAUGUUAAAACAAGCAGUGAAAAUUCUUCGAUUUGUGUAUAUACGAGAUGGAUUUGAAUGCCAAAUUUCAAUGUUAAAAUGAGCAUUUGCCAACACCGAAAUUUAAUAAACAUAAACAAAAGAAGAAAAAUGAGUGUGUUUUGGUUCGGUGAUAAAUGAACAAAUCCAAAUGAAUGGAGUCCAAGAAUUUUAUUGUUCUUGGAACCAGAAUAUAAAAGUGGUUAGACAGAAAAUCCGCAUAAAACUGUUCCUUGGUAAGAAAAAAAGUUUAUUUUUUUCGAAAUUCUCGACAGACAAUAAGUGUAAUACACAAUCAAGAAGAUAUACAAACAAAAGAGUCACCCGUUCAAUCAAGUGCUCGGUUCAGUGAUUUUGCUGCAUCGAAGAGUCACUGAGCUAAAAAAAACCAAAAAAAAAACGUAAAAUAAUAACAAUAGCAAUGUGACCAGAGAGUGAGAGCAUAUGAUUGGCAACGAGUGAAUGAGAUAGGCUGCACUGAAAUAAAGACAUACAAAACAGCAACCUUUUUACAGCCGAGCAAAAAUAGAAUGGGGCUAAACUGAAACGGAAUUUUCGAAAUAAAAUCAAGUAUAUUGAGUGAUUGAACAGAAAAUUAUUCGCUGAAUGUAUUUUCGCUCAAAGUAAAUUGUGUGUGACAAGAGAGUAAACAGUAAUUGCCGAUUUCAACACACACACACACACACACUCUCAAUACCGAAUUGGAAAAUCACCAAAAAAACCCAGCGAAGGAAAAAAAAGUAACAGAAACUAAAUAGUAGCAAUAGCAGCAACAACAAUAGCAGCCAACAAACGGAACGUCAAAGUGAUUUUUUACCGAAAAGGCCUCGAGGUUGUAAGAGUGAAUGAUCGGAAUUUUAUGUGAAGCAUAAUUAAGACGAAGGAGAAUACACGACAUUUAAAGCAGUAACAACAGCAGCAGAGGAAGAGAGACAGAGAGAACGAAACAGGCAAACACAUAUUUUCGGGUUGACACAUCGGACAAUGUGUACCAAUACACAAACAACAAUACACACCUCAAUAGCACAGGCCGAUUUAUCCGUUUUACCAAACACACAGCAUAAUCAUUGAAUAACCAAAGUGAGACAGAAAGAGAGACAGAGAGAAAGAAGAACGAAAUAUUGUUAUUAUUAUCAUCAUCAGAAGCGUCGUUUGUGUGUCGUUCGUCAUUUUUUGUUAGCUAUCGCUGUUAUUUUCUGCUGUUAUUGCUAUUUUACAUUUCACACACGGAACAAACGGAUUUUGUCAUUGGCAAAAAGCAGACGAUCCGAACCAUUCAGUUCCGAUUCCGAGUCAAGUUUAUUUUUUGUUGCUUCUCUCGUCUUAUUAUUAUUGGUCGCGUGCGAUUCGCACUCAACAACAACGACGACGACGACUACGACAAGAGCCAGCCAGUCAAUAGUAUAUAUCAGCCGUGUAUCACUUGAAAAUCGCGUCUGGGGACAAAUAUUCAAUAGAUUGUGGCACAUCAAAAAGUUAAACAAACGUGUAUCUAAACAACAAAUAUCAUCGCCUGUUUCGCACACACCACAUCCAGUAUAUUUGACAAAUGACAUCACUUUGCAAGCGAAACGCACGGUGCAAGAAAUAAAAAAGCAGAAAUAAAAACCACACACACAGAGAGAGACAGUUUUGAGGACAGUUUUCGUUUUGUGAAUUGUUGGAUGACAAAAUACGUAUGUUUUGUGUGACCAAAUUAGUGGCAAUUAAUUAGAGUCAGUUCAUUUUAGUUGUGCACACGUAACAACAAAUAUUUUUUUUCGCGUCUUUAUUUAUCCAAUUUUAUUUGCGCGCUAGCAACAUUGAUUCAUGUGAAGUGUAUGUGGCUGGGUUCAAUCAUCGUACACUCGGUACGUUUCAGUGAACUCAUGAAAACAACCUGUAAAUUGGCAAUUGAAAGACGAUUUUCAAGUCAAACAACGACCGAGAAAAAACAACACACACACACACACACACAUCGAAUUCUCGCGCACUACAUUUUCAUUGAGAGAAAAACGAGAGCAGCAAGUGCAAAUCGAAUCGGUUGGAUGUACAGUGCACGGAAAGUGUUGAUGACAUUGAUCAUAGUUUGAUUUUUUUUGUGUUCGUUCUCUUCGCGUUCGAAUAUACAUCGCAUGCCAAUACAUUCAUGGGACAUUCAGUCGUUACCUUGCACUUUGCAAACUGAUCGCUCUGUGGCAGUCAGUGCAGAUGUAUGUGUGUGAGUAUGUUUAUGUGAAAACAAAGCGACAUUCAUACCAUUAAACAGAUACCUUUUGUUUCGUGCGGUUUAUACAUUACACUUCACCUGCUUUUUAUGCAGUAGUUAUUUUGUUGUUUCGGCUUUUAUCAUUUGUGAAAAAACGAAGUCAAGUGAACUGAAGAUAGUACAGCGCUGUGUAAAUCAAGAGUAUACACAUAAAUCAAAUCCAAAAUAACACGAAAAAAAAAAACAUAAAAAUAGAAUAAGUCCAUGUGAAUAGGAGCAAAUGUGAAUUGAAUUGAUGUGAAAUUUGAUACAAAAUGGAUGAAACGAGUGCAGCCAUUGAGCAAAUCACAGCCGCAAAAAAUAAUAAAGCGGCCGAUGAUGCUCGGGAAAAGGCAGAGCAAAUAGCAGCUGCAACGGCGGCUGCUGAAAUUGAAAAUCAAUCGGAAAAACAUGAUGUGUCGCCGGAGAAUUUGGAGAAAAAUAGUAGCUGUGACAUUACACCAAAUGAUGAUUUAUCGACCAGUGUGACGACAACCAGUGAAACACCAAACAACGAAACUUCCAAUUCAAUGGUUGACAAAACGAACGAUGACAAAUCCGAUGCGAAGAAUAAAAGCACUGGAUUUGCAUUUACAAUUGAUUUCAACGAAGGCAAAGCGAUUGAUAAUCGCAAAUACAAGGAAAUCGCUGAGCGUUUUCAGCAUCGACAACAACAACAGCAAGAACAGCGGCGACAUCGUCGAGGCGUAUCAUUAUCGAAAUUAGAUGACUCCCGAAAGUCUUCGACAUCGUUAAAUAUGGAAAAUGGCCAACAUGUGACGUCGGUCGAUGAUUCAAAUGUUUUGACAACGGCAAAGACGACAGCGGUGGCCGCAAAACCGCCAUUCAAGCAACGGAGCAAUCGAAUCGGGCCGGAAACCGAUGUAAAAAGUGAUGAAAAAUGUGAUACAAAAGUGGUGUUGCGACGGCCACGGCCAACAGCCGCUCCACCCACAAAUUGUAAAGACUCAUCGAAACGGCACAGUUGGAGCCCAAGGUCAAGUCUAAAUUAUGAUAAAAUACCGCAGUUGCCUCCAGAACAAAUCUCAAAAGAUGAACCGCCAACCAAAUGCAUGGAAAAUUCGACAACCAGUUUUCAGCCAAAAUCAACGAUUUUACAACGUGCUUUGGAGAGUAAUCCAUUGCGACCGUCGUCUAAGGGAAGUGCCAAGGCGACGAUUAAAUCGACGACGACGACGACGACGACGACGCCGACGAUUAGUUGCGGUAAGAAGGCGAUGCGCGAUCAUGUUGUCACCGCACCAUUGGAGUACGUAAGAAAUUCGGAUGACGAAGGCUCAAUCGGUGAUGCCAGUCAAGCCACCUACACACUCGACGGUGAUAACUAUACCGAAGAGGAAAAAGAACGCAUGAGCAUCGACAAAUUGGGUAAACGAAAUUUUGAUUUAUCCAUUGAGUCACGAACACGUAACGAUUUAAAUCGAAACUAUACGUCGGCCUUGAAGAAUGUAUUGCAACCGAAUUAUUCGCGCGAUAUAAAAUGCGAAUCAAAGUACAGUCAACGAACGUCUGUCGAACAUCGGGAACAUUUAGCGAAAACUGCAUCAUCAAAAACGACCAAAUCCUAUUUGGAUAAGUUAAAAACACGCGUCAAAACGAUUGGCGAUCGAACAUUUCACAAGAAUACAACGAAAUCAACACCGGCCACGACCAAUGAGAAAUUGAUGAAUCUGCAAGUGGUGCGUACAGACGAUUCGUCACCAGUUCAUACCGAUCAUGGUGUGUUUACCAGCAUAACGGCGUGUGGUGUUUUGAAUAAACAAAACCUAGAACCAGCCAAUAAUUUUCCAGCCAGCGUCAAUCGCAAACAUAGUCUGACCAAAUUUCAAAUCGAUAGCUCGGAAUAUAUUCAACCAAAAGUUGACGAUGCACUUAUGAGCUCGUACACCGAUUAUGAAAAAGCCAAACAUCAUGAAUAUAAACUGAAAAUUUUCUCAACCGUUUCGUCGUAUACAUCAUCUGGGACGUCACCAGUGCAAACCGAUGAUGAUAAUUUGAGUGUGGAAUGCAUCGAUGAUAAACCGAUUUCCAUCAAAACGGCACCAACGAAAAAUGACUGGAUUCAAGAAUGGGCGAAAAAUGCACGACGACGCAACAAUUUACUGGCUAGCUCAGCAACUGCAUCGCCGAAAAUGCAACACUAUUUGAAAACCGGUUCGGCACGAUCAAAAGUAGCACAAUUACAAGGUAACAAUGAUCGAAUGUCACAGAGCUAUGACACCUAUUUCAAUAACGCCGAUCAAGAACAGCAACAGCAGCAACAACAACAAUUCGGUGAUGAUGUAAUGGAAGAUAGCAGCGACGAGUGUACCGCACACACGUCACGAUCGAUCGGACGCAAUGCAUCGAAUGCCAAGACUGAAUUUACAGCCGUCGAUGACCAUAAAACAAGUACAGCAAACACAGUGCUUCGGCCACCAAUUAGCCCAACUAAAAUUCCAUCACCAAUGCACUCACAACUCAGGGCCAGGAGCUCAAGCGUCAACAGAAGCUUCCGCAAUAGUAACGCAGAUCUCGACAAUUUAGAUACGGAAAUGUACUUAGAAAAGACGGCCGCGGCAAUAUCAUCGUUGCAAAAGAUUCACCGUAAAAAAAACUCACCGCAGAGUCCAUUGAGUCCGAUGCGAAAAACGGCACCGACCGAUUUUGCGACAGCCCCAUCGAUAACGGUACGCAAUAAUUACGAAAAAUCGGUAAACUUACGACCGUUGCACCUGCACAAACGCAAUUUAUCGCUGGAUGUUUCGCAUAAUAUGGCGAAAAGUAAAAAUCACGAAUAUUAUGACUCAAAUGAACUGGUAAAUGCACGAGAAUUGAAAGAGCACCUGGGCAAACGGCACACUCGUCACAAUUCAUAUGAAAAUAAGCAAAUUCAAUUGCCCAGUCCAAAGCAUGGUGAUAUCGAUCAAACAAUGUCACGAGCAACAUUUAUCGAACAACAGCGUUUGUUGAACAAAUACUUUGCGGAUUCGGAGCAUCAUCAUCAUCGUCAGCAGCGUGCGGGUGGUGGUGAUGAGCAUGCGCGCCGUGCGAGCUGUGGCGACAAUGCAAUUGGAUCACCGAUACGUCGUUCAAGUUCAUUUUGUAAUCGAAACAUUGCGAAUAUCAUGCCGAUGAAGGCAACCACACCGACCGCAACGAAAAAGCCAAUGAACCGUCGCAUUACGUUGGCAGGUAAUAAUAAUUCAUUGCAAAAAUCGGCCAGUAGUUCAAGUUUCAAGAAACUGCAAGCAGCCGCAGUGGCAGCAGCAACACCAGCAUACCAGCAGCAUUAUGCCCAGAAGGAAAAUGAAAUGUAUUAUAUAAAUGGUCGAGAUAAUUUGCAAACGACACAUGGUGAAUUGCUGUAUUCAUCGGAUGAAUCGGACGAUGUAAACAGUACGACCGGCGAAAGUUGUGGCCGCUAUGAAUCGGACCGGCAAGCAUCUGAACCGCCAAUUUCGCAUACACGCUAUAACAAGGCGUUUCUCAUGCGAAUGGAACAGAAUAAGCAAAUUGCAAGCGGUGGUAAUAAAGGUGUGGUCGCUUGUCCAAACACUCCUGAAAUGCCGCGGCGUGCCAACAACCAAAGAGCCUCAUUCCGUGAUCCCACCUCAAUGCCACGCGACUCAAGUUUGUCACGCAUGAAACAGGAUCUGCCGAAUUUACAAACGACCAAAAAAUCACUCACACAAGCCGUGUCCAAGGAUAGCAGCAGCAGCACCAGCAGUGUUAGCAAACGUGUUCUUCCAAAAUACAUGGACAUAUCGAAAUAUAAACCGGUACAAGGGCAGAGCUUUUUGAAGCGCGACGAAUCCAAGAGCACGCUGAUCAGUCGGAAUGAAAUUCGGAAGAGCCCUAGUGCGAUCGGCCUAAGCAAAGGUGACCCGAUGAGAACCAGCGGACGCGUUAAAUCGGCUGGUGCUAAGCCAAGCACACCGAUUUGUACGAAAGAUACCAAGGCGCGAGAGCAAGAGUUGGCCAUGUGGCGAAGACGUGCAACUUAUGACCCGAUGAAGGCAGCCGCCGAGGGACGAAAGAAACAAGAAGAAGCGAAAAAAUCGGUCCAAUCAACUAAAUUUGGUGAUAGCAGUGCAGUGCUUCGAUCGCAGUCGUUCCACAGUGGCGUUGGCCAGUUCAACAAUUUACAGCUGCGGCAACAAUUUAGCGAGGAUAGUUUCAAUAAGAAUCGUUGGACGGUGAUGUCAACCGAAUCAAGUGAUGAGGAAGAGUUUGGUGACAAUGCAUAAAACAGGCUCUUUUCGUAACUGAGCUGUAGUAUUAAUUAGAGAGAAAGAAAAAUGAGCAACACAUCAGCGCGUUGUCUCAUAUGAAAAAAAUGUCCUGAAUAUCGAAGCAUUGCCGCUUUUUGGCUUGCUUCAAAUCAUUUUCGUUAAUUGUCGUAUUAUUUUCAUUCGCUCAUUUGUUUUACACUGAAUCGAUUGUUUUUUUUUUAGAUUGAAGAUCAAAGGUUUAGGACCUAAGUGUUAGGUCAUUUGAACAGAGAACAUAAUUCGUUAUCGUUAUCGAGAAAUUUUGUAGAAAAUAUUAGAGUUUAAGUGAAUUGCGUAUACAAGAGAAAGCAAGGUAUUUCGAGCCAAGGAUUGAAAUCAUUUUUUUUACUUUUCUCUUUCUCUCUUUUUGAUGAAUUGCAUUUUUCUGUUUGGCAAUUCAAAUAAUUAUGAUUUAUUCAUGACCCAAAACGAUGGGCAGUUCAAUUUGGCAGUUUAAGGUGUGUGAUAUUUAUAAAAAGUAUUUCAAAGAAUGCACCAUCAAACAACACAUUCAAUUGAAUUUAUUAGAUUGUGUUUUAUUUUUUCUUCAUUAAAUUUAUACAUUAUUUCUCACAAACCGGCGAUACUAAUCAUAUUAAUAAAAUGAAAAUACCAAAAUCA